AUGACAAAAGGGAAAGGAGACAAGACUUUUGUAUUCUCCUUGCUGACUAAAGGCCGGCCGUCUCCUCUGCACAUUGUGGUGAGUGCGGUGGUCUUCUGCUCUGUGAACGGUUUUCUGCAGGGUCACCACAUGCUCCACUGCACUCAGUACCACAGCGGAUGGCACAGAGACACACGCUUCAUUACUGGUUUGUUGAUGUUCUUCACUGGAAUGGCCAUCAACAUCCACAGCGACUAUAUUUUACGAAACCUGAGGAAACCAGGAGAGGUCAGCUAUAAAAUCCCUAGAGGAGGAAUGUUUGAGCUGGUCUCUGGUGCUAACUUCUUUGGGGAGAUCGUUGAAUGGUGUGGAUACGCUGUGGCCUGCUGGUCCUUUCCUGCUUUCUCCUUUGCUCUAUUCACUAUCUGCUCCAUUGGGCCUCGAGCCUACCACCAUCACAGGUAUUACUUGGAGAAAUUUAAAGAUUACCCUAAAUCAAGAAAGGCUGUGAUCCCUUUCCUGCUAUAGCAAAGUCAGAAAUUUACAAGCAGAAAAACUAUUUCCUGAUGUUGCUACUGCAAGUCCUACUCACACCCAAAGGGAACAUUUCUGAAAUAUUGUAUUUAUUUUUUUAAAUACACCAUUAAAAACCUAUGUUUACAUCUGU